GAGCAAGUGUGAGAAAAAAAUCACAAUCUCAACGGAGCGGCGUUUUGUGUUCGGUUUUGCGUUUUCAGAUGUUUUUUCCUCAGUAACUCAAAAUUGAAUUUUAAAUUGCAACAAGUUUUCGAGUUUAUGCUUAUGUAGUUAUAGUAAUAUUUAACGAUAUACGUAAUAAUAUAUUAAUGCAAGUGAAAAAGUAGACACCGAAAAUCAUAACCUCGUUACAAAAGUAGAAGAGCGGAACAUCAGGCACAAUGUCUGGAAUCUUGUUUGAGGAUAUUUUCAACGUGAAGGACAUGGAUCCGGAGGGUAAAAAGUUCGACCGAAGCAGUAGACUGCACUGCGAAUCAGAAUCUUUCAAAAUGGACCUGAUACUGGACAUCAAUUCUUGGUUGUACCCAAUGGAGCUCGGGGACAAAUUUCGGCUGGUGCUGGCCACAACGUUGCACGAAGAUGGCACUCCUGCAAGCAUGGAAUACAAUGCAGCUGAAAUCGAAGGAUCCCGGGCGGACAGUUUCGAGUAUGUUAUGUUCGGAAAAGUUUACCGAAUCGAGGGCGACGACGCACAGUCCGAAUCUGCUAACCGACUUUCUGCCUACGUUUCCUUCGGCGGCUUGCUGAUGCGACUGCAGGGAGAUGCAAAUAAUUUGCACGGGUUCGAGAUUGAUCAGAACAUGUAUUUGCUGAUGAAGAAACUUGCUUUCUAGGGGUGCCGUUUUGGGGGUAAAAAUUCACUGACUACAAUAAAAGUAUAUAAGAAAUUA